GUUUCUGUCCGGGUUGAGCGCUGUGUCAGCCUCGUGUGAGCUGCUGGAGGUUUACAGAGGCUGGAGCUGAGGAUAUUUACACACAGUGGAGGAGCUGAACAGCGUUUAUAAACAGGAAUGUCUGCCUACACCUGUAUCAGCUGCCGUGUGCAGUUUGUGGAUGGCGAGGUGCAGCGGGCGCACUACAAGACCGACUGGCACCGCUACAACCUGAAGCGCAAAGUGGCCGACAUGCCCCCGGUCACGGCCGAGAACUUCCAGGAGCGAGUGCUGGCUCAGCGGGCGGCGGCCGAGCAGCAGCAGCAGAACCUGACCAGCUUCUCCACCUGCAGCACCUGCAACAAGAAGUUCUCCACCACCAACGCCUACACCAACCACCUGCAGUCCAACAAACACCUGCAGGCCGAGAGGAAGGCCCUGGCAGCCGCCCAGGAGAAGGUGCAGCGAAUGAACGAGAAGAACCUGGAGAAAGGGGCGGAGCUCGACAAGGAUGCACAGAACGAAGCUUUGCAGCAAGUGCUGAGGGAGCAGCAGAGACACACCCCCUCCAAAGCCACGCCCUCAGAGGGGCGGGACAGACAACGGCCUGCCAAAGCGCCUCGGCUGCAGUGGUUUGAGAAACAGGCCAAGAAGAUUGCAGAGGAAGAGGGAGAGGAAGGAGAGGAGGAGGAAGAAGAGUGGGAGGAUGUUGACGGCGAGGAUGCUGAUGCAUUUGAAGAUGACGGCGAUGAUGAGGACAUGGAGGCCGAUGAAGAGGAGCAGAUGGAGGAGGACGGAAAAGCUACAACAGCAGCCGCUCCAGGGACCAUUUCAGUAACGGACUGUCUGUUCUGCUCUCACCACUCACGAUCUCUGAGCAAGAACAUGGCUCACAUGACCAGCACACACAGCUUCUUCAUCCCUGACAUAGAAUACCUGGUAGAUCUGAGAGGACUCAUCGCAUAUCUGGGAGAGAAGGUUGGAUUUGGGAAGGUGUGUUUAUGGUGUAAUGAAAAAGGCAAGUCGUUCUACAGCACAGAGGCAGUUCAGGCACACAUGACGGACAAGAGCCACUGCAAACUCUUCACUGACGGAGACGCAGCGCUGGAGUUCGCCGACUUCUACGAUUUCAGGAGCAGCUACCCGGACGCUAAAGAGGGAGGAGAUGUGGAGAUGAAGGACGGAGAGUUGCCUGAUGAGAAGACAGUGGAGGUUGAUGAUGAAACACUAGAGCUCACGCUGCCUUCAGGAGCGAAGGUGGGCCAUCGCUCACUGAUGAUUUACUACAAGCAGCGCUUCGGGGCACCGAAGGCCGUGGCUCUGGCCCACAACCAGCGGGCGGUGGGGCGUGUCCUGAAACAGUACCGGGCCCUGGGCUGGGGAGGAGAAACAGGUAAAGGCUUCGUCAAUCAGCAGCAGAAGGACAUGCAGUACGUUCAGAGGAUGAAGUCGAAGUGGAUGCUGAAGAUGAGCAUGAGCAACAACGCCACCAAGCAGGCCCACUUCAGAGCCCAAGUCAUGUUCUAAACACCUUCCAGAUCAUUCACCUUCAGUACAAUCCAGAAACUCGACUCCAAUACUACAUAAUGGGGUUUUUCUGCUCUGAGACUGUAAAUGACAUCCUGACCUUCUACAUCAGAAUCUACAUUAAGAACAGCAGGAGGUGGACGUCCUACUGCAACAGAUCUACCCAGGAUUACGGAUGUUAAGCUGCUUUGAUUAAAGGGAGGGCAUGAAAUCAAUAAUAAUAAAAAAAAAAAUCUGUGUCGUAAUAAUAACGUACUUAUUCAUAAAGUACAACAUGUAUAAUCUUAGAGAUUUUCAAGAUUUCCAGAUUGAGAAAUGUUGUCAUUAGAAAUCUGCUUCUGUUUGAGAAGACCACUUGAUCAAGGCUAUUAACCCAAUCAAUGAGAAGAUUAAAACCUGUUCUGAUUCUGAGAUUUUUCUAAAAAAAAAAAUCUGAACAUUUCUAAUGUAAUGGUGGUGAAUAGGAGGCUUGUUUGAUAACCACACUCUCUGUAUCUAAUAAUGUUGUAAAUCUUUGCUCAGAAUAUCUUUAUCUAAUAAAAUAAAUAUUUGGUCAAUUGA